AUGGUUCUAGGCACACUGGAAGAUAUCUUCAAAUCUGAAAUGCUCUUUUCGCUCUCAAGGCUGUCAUCCAAGUCGAUCAUUUUGUUUUCUGACCAGGUGGAUUUACUGUUACUGUUUAUGGAUCAUGAUUCCUCUUCUGUGAAGUCUGUGGCGUUAAAAUGCAUGCGUUUUAUGUUUCGCAGAAAUACCUGCCAUUUUCCAGUUAUUAGGACUGUUUUUGGCAGAUUGUUGCCACCAAUUGAUGAUGAGGAUUUUCCACUUGACUGUAAGAGCGAUGUGUUAAGGAUUCUGCAGAAGAUGUUAUGCUGUAAAGCGUCAAGUAAUCAUCAUGCCAAUGGUUCUGAGUUAUCUAAGCUUCUUCUAGCUGCUGAAAGUUCUUUAGAUUCUUCUUCUUUGGAGAUGGAAGGUACCGCUAUGGAAAUUCUUGUGGAAAUCUUUUGUAUUCUCAAGGAAGUGAGGUCAGAUAACAUAUCAGUUCUUAAGGGUUCGUCAUUUGCAUACGCUGAGUGGAAAGGAAUGAUGAACAACAUACCAUUAACUGAAGAUAAUAGUAUGAACGGACCUCUGUGUAAGAUCAUUGCAAUGAUUGUGAAUCAUAUUAUAUCUCUGGUCAAUGAAGUUGCUAGCAGAAAUAUCUGCAUAUCAUCUGCAGUGGAUAAGGCAUACAAAACUCCUUUCAGACUUAUGCUGAAGCUUGUUUCAUGCUACCCUUCUGCUGCUUCUGUAGCUCUUGAUAUACUGAAAAGCCUUGUAAAAGAACUGUUUCUAAUUAAUGGAAGUGAUUACUCUGAAGUUUCUGUUACUUCUGUUGAACCAUUCCAGACAAGUGUUGCCCUUAAAGAAUUGAGCACUUCAGAUGACAAUGUUCAACUGUUAGCUACAAGCAUCGAAGCUUCAUGCAUUGGAACAGAUAUUGGCAAUGGAAAACUGGAUUUUCUCAAAAUUGAUUGCAAGAAUAGAAAGUCCAUAAUGCAUGACCUAAUUCGUUGCACCCUCAAAUUUGCAAAUGCUUGUCAUGAGGUGCUCUGUGAAACAUAUGGUGCUAGAUACAAUCCUCAUGAUAGCAUCAAGGGUCUAAUCAAGUAUGUGCAUCAGGAUGCUCCUCAGCACUGGAGCACAUAUGAAUCCUUCCAUUUGAUAAUGUGUGCUUGUGUUACCCAGAAUACUUGUAAAAUCAGUGGUGGUAAUCAAGAAUCUGGUGAUUCAAAAGAGCAUCGUAAUACACUUUUCACUCCUUCUGUUUGGAUAACUCAGGAAUUAUGUGCACUUCGAAUGACCAAAAUGCUUACAAAGAAGCAGAAAUACUGGGAAGCUUAUAGGUCUUCUAUGUACUGUUGUCGUAAAGGUCUCUGGUUCACAGCUUCUUUUGUCUUCAUAAAACUGGCAGAUGCUUUUGAAGCAGGCUCUUUCAGUUUUUGGCUCAAAUCGUUGCUACUUCUUGCUUCUGGCGAAAUUGAGAUGAAACUAUUGUUUUUUCCCUCAGCAACUAUAAAGUUAGUUGGUGAGCUAAAAAUGGAGGGUGAUUUUAGUGAGGAUCUUUACUGUACUGAAACAGAUGCUGAUAGCACCCUCAGUAGAUCAUCAGAGUUGCAUGGUUUCCGAGCAAAGAUAUCUGAUAUUUGUGGCAGAACAUUAUUAGCAAAUAAUGCUCUUGCAUCCAGUGCCUCUUCAGAUAAUGACUUCUUAUUCCAGAGGUGGUUCAUCAGCCUUAGAUCAUCAUUUCUUGAGGUCCUAACAAAUGUUCUUGGUAUCCUUAAUGCACACUCUUCUUAUGAAGCAAGAGGAGACCAUUUAACUUUGUCUGGAGAGUUUAUCAAAGACCAAGCAUGUAACUACGUAGAGUCCUGCAAGCUUCCAAAGAGGUUUUCCCAUGCUUCAAUCCUACAUGAUCUGCAUGGAAGAGUAGAUGGCUCUGACUGGCAGACUGUUUCCCAGUUGCGACAGUUCAUGUCCACUUCCUUUGAUGAACUUGACAGCUUACAGUCCAGGACACGGAUCAGUGGUUCAUGUAAUCUGGAGAAGGGUUUGUAUUCUCUUUGCCAUUUUGCUGUGGCAUCUUUGCUUGGUGUAUCCGUGUAUGUGAUAGUGCUGAAGCUGAAAAAAUACAAAAUGGAGAGGAUUGUUUAUCUGCUUUGCAAGGAGGGUUGCAAGUUUUGUCCAGCAUCUUGCAGAAGUAUUUGGAAUUACCUUUCGUGGUUCCCAAGUACUUUUUCAGAGCCUUGCCUUGGUGCCGAACUUUACAUGUUUGAUUCAAAUCCUGUGAAUGAAAAAGGAAUGUCAAUAGAGCCUGGUUUCCUAUUGUCUCUAACCCUCUGCAUGAAGUGGAAGCGCGUGUUAGAAAGAAGCACCAUUCGCGCCGUGAAAUUGUACUGCAUUUUAGCCGCAAGCUUAGAGACCUGCCCGGAGGCAGCAGGAACGAGAAGCAAGCAGUUUGAUCAGCGCAGGACAGCGGAAAUGGUGGAACUGAACUCCAAGCUGCUGCAGUACAUAAAGAAUGAUCUGAGGAAGGCCAGGAACGAGAAGAAGAAUUCCCAUUGUGGCAUGGACAUGGUGACUGCCUUUGCGUGCUUUGAACCAACAGAUAGUGGGCAGGGGUUCUCAAGCUGUCUGCUGGAUGUCUCCUUGUUCCCUGAAGGCUCAUAUCAGAUAAAGUGGCAGACUGGCAGGCGUGCUGUGUCGACAAGAAUGGGUCCUAUUUUAGCCUCCUGCCCCUGA